ACACACACACACACACCGCGCGCUGUUUACGGAGAGCUGAAGAAGUGUUUCCGCCGCUCGGUACAGAGGAGUGUGUGUGUGUGUGUGUGUGUGUGAGAGAGCACCAGCGCGACUCGGGGAGCAGUGUGUGUGUGUGUGUGUGUGAGAGAUGGAGCCUGAGAUUAAAGCCGCGGUCAGCUUCCUGGUCAGACUGGUCCGGAGCAGAGGCUUCCUCCCGGACACACAGCUGCAGGUGUUCAGGGACUGUCUACAGCAAGCCCUCUCAGAUCGCUACAGACGCCACUGGUUUCCAGAUCGACCUCAGAAGGGUUCUGGGUACCGCUGCAUCCGGAUCAACCAUGAGAUGGACCCUCUGAUCGCCGGGGCGGCGAGUCGGGUGGGCCUGAGCGCAGAGCGGCUCUUCUCCCUGCUCCCCCGAGAACUCACGCUAUGGAUCGACCCAUACGAGGUGUCCUACAGGAUCGGCGAGGAUGGCUCCAUCUGCGUCCUGUACGAGUCCCAGCCUCCGGCGUCCGCCCCCAUGACGCCCUCACCCUUCGACCCGCUCAGCUGCAAGAACGAUUUCCUGAUGGGCGGCAGGACGAGUCCUCCUAAACACUACCUCAUGACGGCGUCAGGCUGAGGGGACGGGCUGAGACAAGCAGGGGGCGUCGGUUUUCCUUGGACUUUCCAUUUCUUGACAUUAGGUUUCCACCUAAAACUUUAUUUUUGUAGUCUGAAGCACUGCCUCGUGUCCUGUGACUGGACGCUCCUCCAGAGAGUCAGGAUUUAUAGAACCUCACCAUAUUGUGUGAAGAAAACGAGCUGUAGCUGCAGAGAAGCGUGUGUGUGUGUGAGACGUCUGCGUCUCGCCCACCUGAUCUGCCACAAAGUGCUGCCUGUGUAGGGACCUCCCUCUCCCCCUGUGGGGUGUGGACCAGGUGUUGGUGUUCUUGUGCACCGAGUGUUUGUUCUCUCUCACACACGUGUACACACACACAUGUGCGUGUCCAGUGUAGGGCACCUUCUCAUGGUGGAGUAAAUGAUUAUCAGGACAUGCUCAUCACACAGGUGCUCUGACAGUCAGGGUAAGGUGGUGCUCAGUAGCGCCCCCUCUCUCUCAUUAGUGGCAUUAUUGUUAUAUGGAUUUCUGCAGGGUUCUGCUGCCUUACACACUCUAGUCUUAUGGUGCAAUAUGCAGAGUGUUCCAAAUCGUCUCGUCCCUUUCCCCUCCUCAAUGUCAUGAAAUGAAUCUCAGUGGAAAAGUAAACGCGCCCUUCUGGCACACGUCUUCGGUAGCAUUUCUCUCUCUGGGCUGUUGAGCAGCUCACUGUUUACCGGCUGUAGACGGACACACUCGAGUUUGUAAGCUAUUUUGAGCAUCAUAUGUUUUUAUUGUAAUUUUUUUU